AUGCAUUUCAAAUUUAAAACCUCGCAUGAUACCCAAGACAAUGUAAAUAAAGAUGCAGUGAUAGGUGUAACGUCAAUCAGCUCAGCAUUUGAUCAUUUAGAACAAAUUAGUGACUCUCUAGACAUACCAUGUAUGUCACAGAGACUUUACAUUAAAGUUCACGAUAAAAUUUCUGAUGCUUUGGAGGAAACGAGUACGCAAACAAUGAAAGACGCUGCCGAAGAAGAGCGAAGGUUAGCAAUUGCUGAAGUCAAAUUCGUCCAGGCUAUAAUGUCGAAUUUUGACAGGAACGGAAGAAUGGUGAUUAGGAAUUUAAUCGUGAGGUGCAUUCAAUGUAACAGCGAACCAUACACGGCAAAUGUUUUGAGCGAUUUCAACAUCGACCCGCACAGAAAGUCCAACAAAGCGAACGUAUUUUGUAGUGACGAAUUGUUCCUGGGACGUAGUUAG